CCUCGACCCAUCCAACAUACAGCCGCACACGCACACGCACCCGCACCCGCAUUCGCAUCUACAACACUCCGCAGACCCACCGGCGCAGCUUCCAGUCGAGCAAAGAUGGACCAUCAUGCCGGUCCCUCUUCCUCCUCGUCCUCCGCCUUCAUCCGACGUCGUCCCGGAGCAGGCGCAGCAGGGGGAGGGAGAUUACACGGCGCACCCCUUCACCCUCCUUAUCGUGCACCUCCCUCAUCAUCCUACCCGUACACAUACCAGCAGCCUCUCCUCUCUGCAUCCAUCUCACCACCAGGGGGUGGAGGAGAUCUAAUGGACGAUGGAUAUGCGAGAAUUGCAGCUGGGACAAGUCGUAAGCGCACACAACGCGGUGAUAGCUUUACGAGUUUGGAGACGAUGCGUCCAUCCCACGGCGCAGGAGAGGAAGAAGAAGGUGUUGGUGCGGGCUUAACGUCCUUUACCUCUUCAACGGGGGACAUUUCUCACCUCUCGCAAGCGUCGUUUCAUACGGCGACCUCCAGCUCCUCGCCCUCCUUGGCUCAAGGACAGUUCGGCGUAGCAAGGGAUCGUCCAUCCGCCCGUUCGUCCCUCAAUCAACACCUCGUCUCUAGCCAUGCGCAUGCACAUGCACAGCCUUCAGAGGAAGCCACAGCCCCACCCGCCCGAAAAAGACGACGCGGUCUAGCGGGGACUAUUGUGGAUGGCGCCCUCAAUGGUCUUAUGCUGGGCGCCGCUGCGGGGAUGACUGCUUAUUCACUCUGGUCGAGCUGGAAGAGCGAUAACAGCGGGAGCGCCAACGCGGGAGCGGGUGCGGGGAAGCAGCAGGAGGAGGAUGAGGAGGAAGAACGCGCAUUGGAGAGGGAGUGGGGACCCGUACGUUCUGCGCGUGGGCAAGCCCCGCCUCCAGCAUACGACGACGUCAUCGUCCUGCCAGGUGGCUUUGCCUCUUCGAGCAAGCCGGCACAGCCUCCGUCGAGCGCGACAUGCUCUUCACCGAUCAAGAGCUCGCGACGACAGGAGGGCGCGACGACAUCGCCCUUCGUGUCUAAGCCGCGCUCGAGAAACGUGUACGUCUCCUCGUCGAGACAUAGGCGUCGCCCUGCUUUUGAGAGCGCUACGGCCCGAUCUGGGUCGUUGCGAAGUAUUCACGACGCACAGGCAGAGGCGGAAACGGAGGCAGAGGCGGUGAGCAAGCAGCAGCAGCGCGAGGGGCAGGAGGAGCAGGAGGAGGAAGACGAAGACGAAGACGAGCAAUAUUCGCGCUUCUCGCGCCAAAUGGCAGACCUAAUAGCUCAAGGGCAGGCAGCACUGAGUAGCCAGGCACAGCUACGCGAUGAGGAUAUGAGGGAGGACGCAGCACCAGCACUGCCCAUCGGUACGGGUGCGGGUACGGGAAAUGCUUCUCCACUUCCCUCGUCGCGCUCCCAUGCCCUACCUCUUACCCCUUCCCGUAUCCCUACGUACGUGGGAGCGCAAAGGGCUGCGGGCACGGGCGCGGGGCCGGGAUCAACUAGCACCUCACCUGCGGCGUGGCGCGGUGUAGGCGAGACGAACUUGCGCUUCGGCGGCAGCGGUAGUGGCGCGAGCACCCCACCUCGCCCCUCGACGCCCAGCUCACCGGCGGCUAGGCGUCGCCCACCGAGCACGAGCAGUGCAGCGCCGUACGCAUUUGUGCAGGGGAGGAAUAGGACCUCCUCCCCCGCUCGGGGUCCUUUUGCCGAUACGCCUUCUUCUACGUCCACUCCAGCGGGGGGUGCUUCGCCUUUCGUCUUUGGCAGCGGGGCUUUGGGGACGGGCAUGGGUAGUCCUCGAUCCAAGGCGGGUGCACGGAUGCGGAAUGAGGGGAGGGAGAGGCCUGUUAGGCGGGCGUGGUAGGCUGGGAGGGCGUGGGAUGAGAAUGAUACCCUGCAGAACGGUCGAGGAGAGAUUGAAGGAUUGUGCGACAAGGAGGGAGGAGAGGAGAGAGGCUCGAGUGACUCUGCUCGCCAUCGUCUUUGCGUCUUCUCGUGCAAAUGGACACAGAUUGGACGUCUUCUGAAC